AUGGCCGAUAAGAUUUCCUUUGUUAAUAUGUCCCAUGAUAAGAGUGCAUGUACACAGUACAAUAAACCUGUCUCUGAAGUAAAUAGAUCUUUUUCGGAAUCAGACAUGAGUACUAUCGGUGGAACCGAAUACACAACGCCAACAUCAACAAGGCACAUGUUUGUUUCAACUCGCUUGAAAAGGAAAAGAGAAGAUAUUGAUUUAUCUACUGAACUAUCUAAUUUCAAAGAGGAAAUAAAAAAUAUCAUGACUACCAUGAUUAACGAGCAUAGCGCUGAACUUAACAAAAUCAAUCCAACUCUAGCAGACAUAAAAAAUACUAACCACAACAUUGAAAAUGCAUUUCUCAUGGCGCAAAAUGAUGAGUAUAAGAAAAAAAUCGAAAAAUUGGAACAACAAUCACAGCAAGAUCGGCUAAAUAUAGCAACACUGGAGGAAAAAAUAGAAUAA